GCCAAAGGUUUGAGUCGAGUUUCUUAAUGAGUGCAGUUUUCCCCUCAUUCCUCUGAAUCGGUUCCUUGGCAUUACCAGGAACCAAACCCAGAUUAUAAAACAACAUUUUUUGAAUAAAAAUUGGGAAAAAAUGAGAGCAUUGUCAUGUUGGGGUAGCCUUGUAUUGGUGGUGGUUUUUGUGGUGGUAGCACCGGCGGCCGGUGGCGGGCCCCGGAGCGUUACAUAUGACCGGAAAUCUCUGAUCAUCAACGGGACCCGAGAGCUCAUCUUCUCCGGCUCAAUUCACUACCCCCGUUGCCCGGAGGAGAAAUGGCCGGAGAUCAUAAGGAAAGCCAAACAAGGAGGGUUGAAUACGGUCCAGACGUAUGUUUUCUGGAACAUUCACGAACCCGAGGAAGGGCGGUUCAACUUUGAAGGGAAUAAUGACUUGGUGAAGUUUGUAAAGACGGUUGGAGGGCAGGGGAUGUACGUGACCCUUAGGGUGGGUCCUUACCUUGAGGCUGAAUGGAACUUUGGAGGGUUCCCUUUUUGGCUUAGGGAGGUCCCUAACAUCACUUUCCGUUCCUAUAAUGAACCUUUUAUGUACCACAUGAAGAGAUUCACCACAAUGGUCAUUGAUUUAAUGAAGAGGGAAAAACUUUUUGCCCCUCAAGGUGGCCCCAUCAUUUUGGCUCAGAUAGAAAAUGAAUACGGAAAUGUGCAGCAGGCAUAUAGAGAGGAGGGAAAGAAAUAUAUUAAGUGGGCAGCAGAUAUGGCCGUUGGUCUAUACAAUGAAAUCCCAUGGAUCAUGUGCAAGCAAAAGGAUGCACCUAACAAUGUGAUAAGCGCAUGUAACGGAAGGCAAUGCGCAGAUACAUUCCAAGGACCUAAUGGAGCAGACAAACCGUCAUUGUGGACGGAAAACUGGACUGCUCAAUAUCGGGUUUUCGGAGACCCGCCUUCUCAAAGGGCAGCAGAAGAUAUCGCCUUCUCUGUAGCCCGCUUCUUUGCCACGGGAGGCAGCCUCGUCAACUAUUACAUGUACUACGGUGGAACAAGUUUCGGGAGAACAACCUCGUCCUUUGUAACUACCAGAUACUAUGAUGAAGCCCCUCUUGAUGAAUUUGGUCUAAAGAGGGAACCUAAAUGGAGCCACCUAAGAGAUUUGCACAGAGCUAUAAAACUGGCCAAGAAGCCCAUCCUAUGGGGAAAUCGAACUGUUCAAAAGCUCUCUACCGAUCUUGAGAUCAUAGUUUAUGAGAAUGCAGAUAUGAAACUGUGUGCAGCCUUCUUGACAAACAAUAGCACAAAGAACACGACCGCCGUUAAUUUUCGAGGUGCAACUUACUAUUUGCCAGAAAAGUCCGUUAGCAUUCUCCCGGAUUGCAAGACUGUCGUUUAUAACACUCAAACGAUAGUUUCCCAACACAAUGCGAGAAACUUCCACCCUUCCAAAAUUGCAAGGAAUCUGAAAUGGGAAAUGUUCCAAGAACCCAUUCCCACCUUUGACCAGUUGUCGAUCAAGAACCAAGUCCCCCGCGAGUUAUAUAGCUUAACAAAAGACGCCUCCGAUUACGCCUGGUACACCACUAGAAUCCACUUUACCCGCCGUAACUUGCCAAUGAGGAGUGACAUCCUUCCAGUUCUCCAGGUUGCAAGUCUGGGCCACGCUUUGCUUGCAUUUGUCAAUGGCGAAUUCGCGGGGUUUGGUCAUGGAAGCAACAUUGAGAAGAGCUUUGUGUUGCAAAAGCCUAUUAAUUUGAAGCCAGGGAUUAAUCACAUCUCUCUAUUGGGCCAGACAGUUGGCCUUCCGAAUAGUGGAGCCUACAUGGAGAAACGGUAUGCCGGACCAAGAGCGGUUACGCUUCAAGGUUUGAUGGAUGGAACUUUGGAUAUCACCAUGAAUGCCUGGUCUCAUUCCGUAGGUCUUUUGGGCGAAAGCCUUCGUCUAUUUACCGACGAUGGUGUCAACAAUGUGACGUGGUCUCCAUGGACAAAAACAUCAUCUCCCCUUACUUGGUACAAGACAUACUUUGAUGCACCUGAAGGCAAUAACCCAGUGGCGUUAAGGAUGGAGAAGAUGGAAAAGGGAAUGAUUUGGGUGAACGGAAGGAGCCUUGGUCGAUACUGGGUCUCCUUCCUUUCCCCAAUGGGACAACCAACCCAAUCAGAGUACCACGUUCCAAGAGAAUUCUUGAAACCAAAGGACAACUUAUUGGUCGUUUUCGAGGAAACCGGAGGAAACCCCGAGACCCUUACGAUUGAGACAGUAAACCGAGACACAAUUUGCAGCAUUGUACCGGAGUACGCUCCCCCACACGUGAAAUCAUGGGAGAGGUUUGGGAGCGAGUUCCGAGCGACCGUAGAAGAUUUGAGAUUAGGCGCACGUCUAACUUGUACCGAGGACAAGAUCAUAAAGAAAAUCGACUUUGCUAGCUUCGGAGAUCCCGAUGGCACUUGUGGGAACUUGUACACCGGAAACUGCACCGCAUCCAACACCCUUAAAGUCGUCGAGGAGGAAUGCUUGGGGAAGCGCCGGUGUACGGUUCCUGUGGAUAGAAAUGUAUUUGUGCAGGAGGAUGGUAAAGAUAAUUGUGCAUAUAUGUACAAGACACUCGCUAUCCAGGCAAGGUGCGGGCGAGAUAGGGACUAAUCAUUAACUAAUCAUGUAAACACUUGAUCAUUUGUCAUCAACAAACCUAUGCCGCUUCCCCACCCUAGAAGUUAAAGAAAAACAAAUAUUAUUUGGUUUUUCAAACAAGCACUUUCAUGAACAAGAAAAACACAGUAACCCAAACACUUGUUUUGGGGUAGCUUGCUUUCUUCCAAAAGGAUACUCUCACUGACUCACUGUCUUUCAAAUUUUUGUCAAGUUUGACAGGCAAAAUGAUUAAUAAACUAAAAUUUG